AUGUUGCUUAGCGCGACCUUCACCUUUCCAGAGGCCUUCUCUGCUGAGGCUCUGGGUGAUUUAAACGUCUUAAAGUUGGCAUCUACUCUGUGCCUCGCCCUCGUUGUCUUCUACGUCUAUCGCCUCUUUCUUCCGAGCCCAAAGGGUUCGAUCAGACAGCUUCGUGGUUUCCCAGUGGCCACCGCAUGGACGUUCUUCAGCAAGAGGACUGACUUCAUAUUGGGUCACUUCAAGGCAUCUGCCGCUCCUCACUUCAGGUUCCAGGUCUUGCAGCAUCAAGUAGUGGCUCUGAGAGGGGAAGAGGCGCGGAAAGCGUUUUUCGAUACGAAGAGCCUCAAUUUCACCGAAGGCUACAAGAUUCUUUUCGGUGCUGCCCCUCGCCUCCAGGAUAUCGCCAUCAAUACUCAUAAUAGCGACGAUGCCUCCUGGUUCAACAAGCACAUUCUGACUCUGCUGGGCAAGAGACGUUUGACCGAGAUGUUGCCGUCCUUGCUCGACGAUGUCAACGUUCGCAUGAUAGGCUGGGGAAAGAAAGGCUGCUUCGAUCCCUUCAAGAAUAUCUACGACCUCGUAUUCCAGAUGUCAGUUCGAAUGCUGAGCUGCUCCGAACUCGCAAAUGACAGGGCAACCCUCGACGAGUUGCAAAAACUCUACUGGCAGCUGGAAAAGAGUUCUACACCCACGGCUCUACUUCUGCCCUGGUUCCCAGGUCCUGCAAAGAGGCGAAAGAGGACUGCGACGAAGGAAUUAUUUACAAAAAUUUACGACGUUGUAGAGGCAAGGAAGAAAGCGGCAAUCCCGUCGUCCGAUGCAGUCGACGUGUUGCUCGGCCAAGGCGAUUCGACUACCAAGGUCGUUGAGUUCAUCGUCCGCACCAUUUUCGCGGGUGUGGUCAAUACUGGCAUAACCUCCUGCUGGGCACUUGUCUACCUAGCUUCGCACGAAGAGUGGAUGGUGAAAGCGAAGGCAGAGGUCAAUUCCCUCAUCGAAAAACACGCCAGCACCCUGUCCACCGAAAGUCUCGCGAAACGACUCGCCACAAUUCCCAUUUCAGCCUGGGAGGACGAGAUGCCCGUCAUGGAAGCCGUCAUCCGCGAAACCCUCCGUGUCACGUUUACCAGUACACUCCUCCGCCGAAACGUCGUUGACGAGUUCAACGUGUCGAAUGGCACGAUUCAGCAGGGCGAUUUCGUCGCCUACAAUGUCGCCGACGUGCACCUGAACUCGGAAAUUUACACCAACCCGUACGAAUUCGAUCCUGGCAGGUACGAUCCAGGACGCGAAGAGGACAAGAAGACCACUUUUGGUUUUGUGGGCUGGGGUGCUGGCCGUCAUCCUUGCACCGGGAUGAAGGUGGCCAAGUUGGAAAUCAAGGUCAUUGCCGCUAUGAUGUUGGCGGGCUUCGACUUCGAUGUCGUCGACAGGAAUGGGCAGCAAAUGAUGAAGAUUCCAGUUCCAGAUAGAAACGACAUUCAUCAGGUUUGUUCAUUGUAUUCACUGCCCGGCUUUGGAUUGUACAAUCUAACGACGGGCUCGAUCGGUCAGGCUCGACCUGUUGGAGAGCCGUGCUUCUUCCAGUUCGAAAGAAUUGUCGACUGA